CUUCUUCUGCAGUGGAGCGUUUGACGGUGCCACGGUUAAAUUUUAAUACCGAAAGUACCCACGGUACGUGUGCCGCUGAAAUGGCUGCUGCGACUACAGAAGAAACACCCGCACUGAGUGUUGAGAACGAUGUACUGCCCCCAGAGACAAACGAGGGAUCCGGCGAGGAGAAAGAAAAGGGCCUUAACGAACCGGAAACAGAGGAACGACGCACCAGUGUAGAACCGAAAAUGGAAGAGGUGGACACGGGGGGCGGCGAAGAGAAGCCCGCUGCCGCGGCAGACAAGGCCGCGAGCAAGGCGGUGACAGACGACUGUGCUGUAACGGUCAGCCAGGAGGCGACAGCCGCUCCUGAAGAACCGGAGCAAAAGCCAGAGUCACAGCAAAGCCCGGGAGAGGGUAAGAACGAACCUGCAAACGAUAAUGACAUGAAAGAAGCGAAGGAGGAGUCAGGAGAGGAUAGCCGGUGUCCGGGGAUAGACUGCGAAAAGAGCAAAACAGUUUUUGAAGAUGGUGAGAAACCCAGCGGCGGGGGCGGGGAGCUUGGCGACAAGAGGCGGCCGAGUGUGGAGAUAUCGUCCUCGGAUGGUGAACCGCUGAGCCGUAUGGACUCGGAGGACAGUAUCAGCAGUACCCUGAUGGAGUUGGAGAGCACAGUGUCCAGUGGGCGCUCCACUCCUGCUAUGAUGAAUGGACAGAGCAGUGCCAGCUCCUCUGGGGCUAAGACAGUGGCUUACCCCUGCUGCUGGGACCUCUGUCCGGAGUGCUUCAACUCCAGUCCUGAUCUGGCAGAGCAUAUCAGGGGCAUUCAUGUUGAUGGGCAGAGAGGAGGGGUGUUUGUGUGUCUAUGGAAGGGUUGUAAGGUGUACAACACACCAUCCACCAGUCAAAGUUGGCUCCAGAGACACAUGUUAACGCACAGUGGAGAUAAGCCCUUCAAGUGUGUAGUUGGUGGCUGCAACGCCAGCUUUGCUUCCCAAGGAGGGUUAGCUCGCCAUGUCCCCAGCCACUUCAGCCAGCAGAGCUCCUCCAAAAUGUCCAGCCAGGCCAAACUUAAAGAGGAGUCACCCUCCAAGGCUGGACUCAACAAGAGGAAGAAACUCAAGAACAAACGCAGGUGCUCCCUACCGAGGCCCCACGACUUCUUCGAUGCCCAAACUAUGGAUGCAAUUCGCCACAGGGCCAUCUGCCUCAACCUCGCCACCCACAUUGAAAGUGUGGGCAAUGGCCACAGUGUGGUCUUUCACAGCACGGUGCUAGCCAAAAGGAAAGAGGGCUCUGGCAAGGUGAAGGUCCUCCUACAUUGGACACCUGAGGACAUACUACCUGAUGUGUGGGUGAAUGAAACCGAGAGAUCUCAGCUGAAGACUAAAGUGGUGCACUUGUCCCAGUUACCACAGGAAACAGCCAUGAUGCUAGACCCAAACAUCUAUAGAGCACUUCCUCAGAAGCGGCUGAAGCGUAGCCUGUAAGGAGUCAUCUGUGGACUCGAUAGGGGAAAUGCUUGUUCAUAGGAGUUUUAUCUAUAUGGGAUAGGACGCUCUUCAUCUGUCUCUGCUGAACGGGGGGAGUGAAGUGGCAAUAAAAGGAAGUAAAACUUGGCUAUGCUGCAGUUCUCCUUUUUUCCCUCUUCAGUGUUGUGUAUAUAUGGAGCAACUGUUGUAGCAAAGUGUGGUGUAAAAUUGGACUAACAAUUUUUAAAAUUUGUGUUCAUCCAUGAAUGUUUUUUUUUUUACAAGCACCAAACUGAAAAUAUUCUUAAUACCCAAUGGUGUAACUGUUUUGUGUAACCUUGUCAGAAAAUACAGCAUAUUUUAUAACUGUUUUGUGUAAAAAUAUUUAUGCAGAUUUGUAACUUAUUUUUAUACCAUGAAAAUGCUGGUAGUCUGUGGAUUUUUGUGAAGGUUUUGAAUAAAACCACAUUUACUGCGAUAAUCUGUUAACUUUCACUUGUAGGAUUAUUUGGGAAUUUCUAGUUGUAAUUAUGAUGUACAUGAAAGAAGGCUUAACACAUUAUCCUAUUUAUACUUACUGAAUGCAGUACUUCUACCUGUUUGUAUGACAAUGAAGUGUGAGGUUGUACCAGUCAUGUCAGACUUCACAAUGCAGUGCAAACUGUUAACAGGAGCAGUAACUCAGUAGUUAAGGUCACUACCGUGUAGCUCUUAAUUUUACCCAGUCUGUAGACAUACAGCAUAGAAAUAACUUGAUAUUUCAGCACACAGUGUACUUGCACUGUCACAGCAACUUAACCCCCUGCUCCCUCUCCCCCAAGUAACAUAAACUGUGUUUAUCAUAGUUAGGAUGGCAAAUUUACAUUACUGCUAUUUAAGCACUUGAAAAAUGUUUUAAAAAGGCGUGUUUUUUUACUGUAUGUAAUGUUAUCCCUGUUGGAAAUGGAAUACUGUGUUUGUAAUAAAAGGGGGGGAAACGGCA